AUGCACACCCCAUCUUUCCAUCUUUCCAGAAAGAACACAGCUCACACCCUGGUGGCCAGUGUUUGCCCUUGGCCCCCACCCCUCCCCCUCCGCCCUCCGAUCCUAGGUGUCCAGAGAGUCAAGACUGACGCAGUGCCGGGUGCAGAGCUGGGAGCUGGGUUCCGGGCCCUGCUGUGUUUGCCAGCCCUGCCAGCAGAGCCGGCACAGCCCAGGAGGACCAGCAGCUGGGGCGGCUCCUCCUGCCAGGUGGCAGCCGGGGCUCCUGCUGACGCUGAGAGCUGCCCUGGAGGGAGGACGCAGUCCCCGAGGAGAACUGUGGGCCGAGGAGUUCUCGACGCCCGCCCCCCACUGGCCGGGACCAUCCGCUCAGGCCUGGUGCGGCAGAGGACUGGGAGCUGUCUCCUCCAGUCCCUGAGGCUCCUGUUCCACCCCUUGAUCAAUAAUGCAGCAGGAGAGAUUCCAUGCCACCUCGUCACACCACCUGCUGCCUCCAGCAGUUCAGCCUCUGCUCGGGAGGUUUUGGGGAGCCACACUCUGCCUCCGGGGCUAAGGUGGGUCAGGCCCGUGGGGAGCAUGCUGUGUCCUGGGGCUGUGCCUCUGGCCAGAGGGGCUUGGGGCUCCCUGUGGACUCAGCACGGUUCAGGGGCAGCUCCGGGGCUGGUCAGCUGGGUGGGGACCGGUCCUCCAGGUGGGGGUGGCUUUUCCCAGGGCCUUGGGAUAUUUGGGAUAUUGGGUCCCACAGCCUCCUGCCACAGGGCUGGCCAGAGUGAGGGGCCACCUCCAUGGCGUCUUCUGCGCUUCCGGGUCCUCAGCCUGCGAGGCCCCCACCACUGUCCUCAGGCUGUGUGCAUCCUCUGCUGCAGGGUGCACACGGCCCACCCAGGCCACUGUCCCCCUCUCAGGGCGACCUCACCCUGCCCCUGCAGACCCCUGCCCAAGGCCUUUGCACAGCUGUCUUGUCCCCACACGUCCCGGCUCCUCCUCACUUCUGAGGUGCCCGCUUGGCCACCCAGCGCCCACUCACUUAUUCAUGCCCCCCCCCCCACCCUCCACUUUGGGACGUUGGCCUCAGGGGCAGGUUGGGUUGCCCCACCCAGUGGGAGUCUGGUGGGUAGGGGAGGGAGAAAGGAUGGAGUGGUGGGCGGCUUCUGA